CCAACAACAUCCAACAUAGGAACACAUGCGCCAUGGCUCGGCAGUUUUGGGCCGUGCAUUUGCAGCGAGACGUGGUGGCCAGUGUGGAGGUGCCUGAGGGGAAGACCCUGCACCUCUCUCGGGCUUGUCCAACUUCUUCGAGCGGACCGAUUCGACUGUUUGUCAGCAGGGUUGCACGAAGCUCCGGGGAAGUGCCGGCCCAGUUUGCCUUCACGCUUUCAACAGGUGGUACCACGCUGGGCUUGCUGCUGACUGGGUGCUGGCAGCUCCAGGUGGUGAGAGGGCCGAGCAAUGUGGAUGUGAUGGGCUACUUUGCGCAAGGAGGUCGGAGCAAACGCCGCCGGGCGCCCAAGAGGAGGUUGCGGCCGGUUCGGUUGCCUCCAGGCUGGGCGGCGCUGUCCUUCCGAAGCUUGGGCAAGCGCUUGGUGGUGACGGAAGUGCCCAAAGCUUGCUUCUCCUCUGCAGCUUUUGGAGCAGCAGCCGCUGCCCAGGUGUCCAACGUCUUUGUUGGCGAUGAGAUUGCCUUCAUCAACAACAAGCGCCCGGAUGUUUUGGCGAGGCUUAUCGCGCGUCCGGGGCACACGCUGAACACCUGCAGCCAAGCUGAGCCGCCACACGACCCGGGAAGCGUGGGCAAGCUGCAGUCUCCGCCGUGCGUCUCCUGCGAUUUCGUGCGGCGGCUGCGCGACCUGGGCCUGGACGUUGCGCUACAGAUGUGGCUGCGGGUCGUCAAGCAGCAGAUGCCAAUCACACUUGGCGUGCGGCCAAAGGCUGCCGCAGCCGGGCCUCGGAUCGAAUGCCGAACUGUGCCAGAUACCUUGGGAACCUCCAAGGACUCGCAACCCGGCGAGCGCGGAAGGUCUCGCAGCCCCCGGAUUGAAGCAAAAUCCAGCUACAAUCCACUGAGACCUGCUGCUGUCUCGCAGCAGGUGCAGCAUGUCAAGGCCGCCCCGAAGGCAGAAGGGCCUUCCACCGGGCCUGUCCGGCGGCUCGCGAGCGGAUUGUCAUUCCAAGAGCUUCCAGCCAAAGGUGCUGGGAAGGGUGGUGCGGAUGGAAGGGAGGCUGAGAUCGGGAAGCAGGUCGAGUUCCGCUUCUCAAUUGCCACCAUGGGUGGCAAAGACAAGGUACUCGAGAGGGGGCAGGUGCACUGCACUUUGGGCAAGAGCGCAGUGCUGGAUGGCUGGGUGUCUGGCAACGUCAACUUGGAGGAGGUUUUGGGGACCUGGGGCCCUGCUUUGGCAGGCAUGCGUGUGGGCCAGCGGCGACGCAUCAACGUGCCGGCCAGACUGGGCUUCCGCGAGGCCGGGCCAGAAAACACAGACUUGACCUUUGAAGUGGAGCUGAAGCAAGUGAAGUGACUUGCCGACGCAGCGUCAGCAAGAUGAGAAGGGGCGUUCUUGCAUUGUUGGAUGUUGCUGGGAUAAGUUUGUCGAAUGGUUGCGCGCAGCUCCACCGAAGCUUGCGCAGAAGGUCUGAGAAAAGGUCCUAGGUUGAAGC